CUCGGGGGGGGGUGGAGCCGCCGCCGCCGCUGCCGCCGCAGCUCCGGUCGGGAUUUGAAAGAUUAAAAACUCCUGGUGGAGAGGGUGGCGGCGUUGAAUGUGUGGCGGAAGCGCUGUGGGCUACGGCUCGGCGCCGGGCCGGGCAGCCGGCGGCAUUUCCACAGCAUGAAUUACCCGGGCCACGGGCCUCCGCGAAACCCCGAGCAUAACGGCCGGGGCGGCGGCGGUGCCGCCGCUUGGGAGCUGGGCUCGGAUGCGGGGCCGGUGUUCGGCGGCGGCGUCUGCUGCUUCGACCACCUGCCCGCCGGGGACCCGGGCGACGACGAGGUGCCCCUGGCCCUGCUGCGCGGGGAGGCCGGGCUGCAUUUGGCGUCGGGAGCGGAGGACCACAACCACCACCUGGCGCUGGACCCCUGCCUCAGUGACGAGAACUAUGACUUCAGCUCGGCCGAGUCGGGCUCCUCGCUGCGCUACUACAGCGAGGGCGAGAGUGGUGGCGGCGGCAGCUCCUCGUCGUUGCACCCGCCGCAGCAGCAGCCGCUGGUCCCGACGAACUCGGGGGGCGGCGGGGUGGCCGGAGGGGGGCCCGGGGAGAGGAAGCGCACCCGGCUUGGCGGCGCAGCCGCCCGGCACCGCUACGAGGUGGUGACGGAGCUGGGCCCGGAGGAGGUGCGCUGGUUCUACAAGGAGGACAAGAAGACCUGGAAGCCCUUCAUCGGCUACGACUCGCUCCGCAUCGAGCUCGCCUUCCGAACCCUGCUGCAGGCCACCGGGGCCCGGGCCCGGGCGCAGGACCCGGACGGCGACCAUGUGGGCGGCCCGGCCUCCCCCGCGGGGCCGGCCUCCAGCUCCGUGGAGGACGACGCCGAGGACCGCGUCUGCGGCUUCUGCCCGCGCAUUGCGGGGCACGGGCGCGAGAUGGAGGAGCUGGUGAACAUCGAGCGGGUGUGUGUGCGGGGCGGCCUCUACGAGGUGGAUGUGACCCAAGGAGAAUGCUACCCGGUGUAUUGGAACCAGUCCGAUAAAAUACCAGUAAUGCGUGGGCAGUGGUUUAUUGAUGGUACUUGGCAGCCGCUAGAAGAAGAAGAAAGUAAUUUAAUUGAGCAAGAACAUCUUAGCCGUUUUAGAGGUCAGCAGGUGCAGGAAAGUUUUGAUAUUGAAGUGUCAAAACCCAUAGAUGGAAAAGAUGCUAUUCAUAGUUUCAAGUUGAGUCGAAACCACGUGGACUGGCACAGUGUGGAUGAAGUGUAUCUUUACAGUGAUGCAACAACGUCUAAAAUUGCGAGAACAGUUACUCAAAAACUGGGAUUUUCUAAAGCAUCAAGUAGUGGGACCAGACUUCAUAGAGGUUAUGUAGAAGAAGCCACAUUAGAAGACAAGCCAUCACAGACUGCCCAUAUUGUAUUUGUUGUGCAUGGCAUUGGGCAGAAAAUGGACCAAGGAAGAAUUAUCAAAAAUACAGCCAUGAUGAGAGAGGCUGCAAGAAAAAUAGAAGAAAGGCAUUUUUCCAACCAUGCAACACAUGUUGAAUUUCUGCCUGUUGAGUGGCGGUCAAAACUUACUCUGGAUGGAGACACUGUUGAUUCCAUUACUCCAGACAAAGUGCGAGGUUUAAGGGAUAUGUUAAAUAGCAGUGCAAUGGACAUAAUGUAUUAUACUAGCCCACUUUAUAGAGAUGAACUAGUUAAAGGCCUUCAGCAAGAGCUGAAUCGAUUAUAUUCCCUUUUCUGUUCUCGGAAUCCAGACUUUGAAGAAAAAGGGGGUAAAGUCUCAAUAGUGUCACAUUCCUUGGGAUGUGUAAUCACUUAUGACAUAAUGACUGGCUGGAAUCCAGUUCGACUCUAUGAACAGUUGCUGCAGAAGGAAGAAGAGUUGCCUGAUGAACAAUGGAUGAGCUAUGAAGAACGUCAUCUUCUUGAUGAGCUCUAUAUAACUAAACAACGGCUGAGAGACAUAGAAGAACGGCUACACGGAUUGAAGGCAUCAUCUAUGACACAAACACCUGCCUUAAAAUUUAAGGUUGAAAAUUUCUUCUGUAUGGGAUCCCCGCUGGCAGUUUUUUUGGCAUUGCGUGGCAUCCGCCCAGGAAACACUGGAAGUCAAGACCAUAUUUUGCCCAGAGAGAUUUGUAACCGAUUACUAAACAUUUUUCAUCCAACAGAUCCAGUGGCUUAUAGAUUAGAACCGUUAAUACUGAAACACUACAGCAACAUUUCACCUGUCCAGAUCCACUGGUAUAAUACUUCCAAUCCUCUACCUUAUGAGUAUAUGAAGCCAAGCUUUCUUCACCCAGCAAAAGAACCUACCUCAAUUUCAGACAGUGAAGGCAUUUCAACAAUACCAAGCCCUGUGACUUCACCAGUCUUGUCCCGCCGACACUAUGGGGAAUCUAUAACAAAUAUAGGCAAAGCAAGCAUAUUAGGGGCUGCGAGCAUUGGAAAGGGACUUGGAGGAAUGUUGUUCUCAAGGUUCGGACGUUCAUCUGCAUCACAGCCAUCUGAGGCAUCAAGGGACUCUGUGGAAGACGAGAAGAAGCCGGUUGCCUCACCUCCCACGUCCACUGUGGCAACGCAGACCCUUGCACAUAGCAGUUCUGGCUUUCUUGACUCUGCAUAUUUCAGACUUCAAGAAUCGUUCUUUAAUCUCCCACAACUUCUUUUUCCGGAAAAUGUAAUGCAGAAUAAAGAUAAUACCCUCGUGGAAUUGGAUCACAGAAUUGAUUUUGAACUCAGAGAAGGCCUUGUGGAGAGCCGCUAUUGGUCAGCUGUCACAUCGCAUACUGCCUAUUGGUCGUCCUUGGAUGUUGCCCUCUUUCUUUUAACCUUCAUGUACAAACAUGAGCACGAUAAUAGUGCAAAACCCAACUUUGAUCCAGUCUGAACUGUUGAAGGACAUUAAUGGCCCAAAACUGAUUUCUUUCUGUUAAAAUAUAUGUGUCAACAUGUGGAAGUUUCAGGUUUAAGUAUGUUUCACUUUUGUUUAGGGUAAGAAAUAAUUGAAUUUAGAAGCACUUUAUUUUACUUUAAAAAACAAAACAAAUGUCCAGUCUGAAAGAAGUUAUUUAUAGUUUUCAUCAUUUUAAGUAUGAGUCUGACAGAACCCCCUGCAGAGAACCAAGCAAGACCUGCAAGUAAGGAGGACUUGGGUGGACUGCAAGGUUAUAAAUCACAAUCUAAUUUCUCCCAAAUAUAAAGGCAUAUUAAUGGGUUGAAUCUAAUGUAUUAACCAAAAUACGUUAUAAAUCUAAAAUGAUCAAGGUCAGGGUAUUCUACGUAAAGAUCACAAGGUGGUAUCAUUGUUUUCGAUUUCCAUGAAAGCUUCCAUUUCCACAAUUUCUUUGAAACAUGAGUAACAGAUCUUAAAUGUUUUGAAUUU